UGCAGUUACACAGUUUGCUGAAUUCGGGACAUGGAGCUCCUCGUCCGACGACAUCGAAUUUGGCAAAACUACGAAAAAAAGGAACAGAAAAAACAAAAGGAAAGUUGAAAACUUUGACAAAAAAGUCGCAUUUCAACUCCUCCACACCAAAUUCAGCAUCUCUUCCUUUUUCCUUUACAUCUUUCGAAACCCAAACACGUCGUCUCCACAGACUCGAAGCCGAUUCACACAACUCUUUCUCUCUCUCUGGAAUCAAAUCCCUCUUCAUCGCCUCCACAGAUUGUUUCGAACCAGUCUCGGAUUGUUAAACAGCUGUUCCAGCAAUCACCAGAAAUUUAAUCCACUUCCGAACAGCUCUCUACUUCUGUAGGAAGCAUACAGUCCGGUGACAGUUCAACCCCCGGCGAUUAAUUUUCCGGUGGCUGUGUUCAUCGAUAACCCUUUGGAUUCGGAAGGGUUUCGUCAAGUUUCGUAAUCGCAGUGUUUUUGGGUAAUGUGGGAUUUUGGUCGGAGAUGGGAAAAUAAAGCUAUUUGACCGAUAGAGAGAGAGAGAUUGAAUCGGGGGAAAAAAGUAAAACCCUUCGGAUUUUCUGGAUUUUCCCUCUUUUCCUUUAGAUUAUCGAAUUGUAAUUCGGAUUUGGGAAAAAUUUCCGCGAAGCGAUGCCGGCUGAUGUAGAAGUAGAUGAUUCCUCUUCCCCUGAGGCGAAAUCUUCCACUAAGAAAAAGCGAAACCUACCCGGAAUGCCCGAUCCGGAAGCGGAAGUGAUUGCUCUGUCCCCGAAGACUUUAUUGGCCACAAAUCGAUUCGUUUGCGAGAUUUGCAACAAAGGGUUUCAGAGGGAUCAGAAUCUGCAGCUUCACCGGCGAGGCCACAAUCUUCCGUGGAAACUCCGGCAGAGGUCCAGUAAUGAGGUGAAGAAAAAGGUGUAUGUCUGCCCUGAGCCGUCGUGUGUUCAUCACGACCCCUCCAGAGCUCUGGGUGAUCUGACCGGAAUUAAGAAACAUUUCUGCAGAAAGCACGGCGAGAAGAAGUGGGAAUGCGAUAAGUGUUCGAAGAAAUACGCCGUUCAGUCUGAUUGGAAAGCCCAUUCCAAAAUUUGUGGUACCAGAGAGUACAAAUGCGAUUGUGGAACUCUGUUUUCUAGGAGGGAUAGCUUCAUCACGCAUAGAGCUUUCUGUGAUGCGUUGGCGGGGGAAAGGGCAAAAGCUCAGCCUCAGACGGUGGACAAAUCGGAUUUAGAUUCCGGCUCGAAAGCUGCUAAAACGGUGGUGGCGAGACCGAAUCCGGAGCCUUCUCCACCGCCACCGCCAUCACCGCCGGCUACAUCUCCUCCACAGUCAAGUUGCGAGCUAACAACAAGUGUGUUGCCUGUUCCAAGUCAAGAGUUGCUGGAGAAUCCCCCACAAUGUAUCGAAGAAGCACCGGCUACAACGGGUAUAAGCGGGAUCGGCAGCAGUAGUAAGAGCUCGAGUAGCAAUAGCAGCACGAUAAGUGGCGGAUUUGCUGGUUUAUUUUCUUCCUCAUCUACGUCGAUAAGCUUUCAACCUCCAAGACACCGCCCUGCAUUUACAGACCUAAUGCAAGCCAUGGCUUGCUCAGAUCGCUCGUCCGAACAUGCACCAUCUCCAAGCAUCGAACCGAUUUCUCUAUGUCUUGCAAUGAAUCAAGGGCCACCAAUGUUUGGAACUACCAGCCAAGACCUCCGACGGUUCACACCGACACCGCAGCCUGCAAUAUCCGCCACAGCAUUGCUGCAAAAGGCUGCCCAAAUGGGCUCAGCAGCAUCAAAUGCCUCACUGCUUCGCGGUUUGGGCUUAGUAUCAUCUUCCUCUGUAACUGCCCAGCAAGAGAGCUCGCCAUGGAACCAGCACAGGCAAGUAGAACCAGAUGGCAUCUCGAUCGCUGCAGGGCUUGGGCUAGGACUUCCCUGUGAUGGAAACUCGGGAUUGAAGGAACUAAUGAGGGGAAACCGUUCCAUGUUUGCUCCAAAACAUACCACCCUCGAUUUCCUCGGAUUGGGGAUGGCAGCUAGUGGCAGCCCCAGCAGUGGCCUGGCUGCGCUAAUUACAUCAGUUAGCAGUAGCGUGGACGUUGCCACGGCAACUCGUGACAUACCAAGCAAAGACCUGAACAGAAGUAACUGAAACUGAAACAGAAACAAGAAACCGCAGAAAAAGAGAAGAUGUUGUAUUUUGAAAUGUAAAGUUGCAACAGUCCCACAAAACCUAUUCCCAUUUGUCUGUCUUUUGAACUUCUUAGGAAGAUCAAGCUAUCACACAUUUGGUUUUUGUAAACUUUGCUGUCACCUAGGAUUUAGAAACAGCAGCGACAUGGAUUCCAUGUCUGUAUUUAAUUUAUGUAAGAGAUCACUCAGUAAGAUUAAAUUUGUCAACUCA